AUGAGUGCUUCAAUGGACGAGCAGUCGUCCGUCUGGCCGUCGUCUUCGGCCGCCUCGACGCCCAGGACGCGCCGGCGCGCCAUCACCUCGUGCGACACCUGCCGCCGCCGCAAGGUCAAGUGCGACCGCCACCAUCCCGUCUGCUCGCCAUGCCGCACCGCCCGCCGCCCCUGUCUCUACAGCGAGAGCUCCGUCCGGCAGCACGGCAUCGCCGCUCCCCGCCACCGCAACACCGCUGCCGUGCGCAGACGCCUGCCCCGCCCCGACUCCAGUCUCGACGCCAUCGACACCCGCCUCGAGCGCCUGGAAAGCCUGCUCGAGCGCGUCAUCCACGCCUCGGCCCGGCCCCCUGCGCCCCGCCCUCGAGACCAGAGCCAAGCCAGCGCCAGCGCCAGCCACGUGAGCUCGCGCGCCAGUCCCGACCUCCCUUCGCCGGCUGCCUCGUCUGCCGAGCCCAUCAGGGCCGAGGACGACGGCGACGGCACCCUGCUGGUCGCCAAGGGCGGCUCGCAGUUUGUUUCUUCUCACCACUGGUCCUUGCUGGCGACGGAGCUCCAAGACAUCCGCGAGAUCCUGAGCACCGACAAGGAGCCUUCGACCCCAGACGUCUUCGCCGUGCCCACCGGCCAUGUCACGCAGCUCCUACCCGCCGAUUCUUCCGACUGCUACGAGCUUCUCCGCGUCUUCUACCUCUAUGUCGACCCAAUCACGCGCUUGGUGCACAGGCCGUCUCUCGACACACGUUUCGCCCUGUUCGUCCAGCAAUACGUGACCCCGCGAUGGUUGACCAUGAACCGCUCCGACGACCGCCUCGAAGAGAAACUCAACCAUGACGGACUGCUCCAGUUCCGUCCCCUCGCCUUUGCCAUCUUCUACGCCGCCACCUACAGCCAGGCCGCCGCCUCUGGCUACGCCGAAGACAAGCGGCGCCUGAUGGCCACGUACCGCAAAGGCCUCGAGCUCUCGCUGCUGGCCGCGGAUUUCUGCUCCUCGUCCAGCCUCGAGGUCCUCCAAGCCUACGUCCUCCUUUUGAGCUGCCAACUCCGCGACGUGACCAUCGGCCGCACGUGGCCGCUGCUCGGCGUCGCCACCCGCAUGGCCAUCGGCCAGGGCCUGCACCGGGAACCCACCCUGUUCCGCCCCGUGCCCGACGAAGUCAACGUCGAGCUCCGCCGCCGCAUCUGGCACCAGCUGUGCUACCUCGAGUGGCGCGCCGCCGAACUCAAGGGCGUCGUGCCCGCCGUCACCGACGACGCGCUGACGACGCGCGUGCCCAAGAACGUCAACGACUCGGAGCUGUCGGACCAGUGCCACCCGGGCCUGCUGGACUGCUACAUGGAGAACGAAGAGGGCCGCUGGACCGACAUGACGUUCUUGGUCGGCAAGUCGCGCUGGAUCUCGUGCGCGCGGUCCAUCGCGUCCAACGUGCAGAGGCUGUUUCGGGGGAAGAAGAGGCCAGGAGCGGCGGCGGCGGCGGCGGCGGCGGCGGCGAUCGAGGACGAACUCGCGGGCCAGACGAUGGUGGAAUUCGAGCGACUGCUCCACGACACGAGCGCGCUGCUGGACGGCGUGCGCGAGCGCAUCCAGUCGUACUUCCGCUUCUCGUACGCGGACAGCACCCCGCUGCAGAAACUGUGCCUCAUGACGUCGCGCAGCAUGGAGUGGAAGUGCUGGCUCACCUUCUGGUGCGGCGUCCCCAAGCAUUUCAGGAAGAAAGUCAUGACCGACGACGCACGACGAAAAGUCCUCCACGAAUCCGUCUCCCUCCUCGAGAACCUCAACGCCAUCACCGCCGACCCCUCCGUCCAGGGCUUCAAGUGGUUCCUCGACGCCCACUCGGCCUUUCAGUGCAUCUUCCUCGUCCUCUCCGAGCUGCAGGAGCUGGACCACGCCCACGCCCCCGCCGCUCCCCUCCCUACCGAAGACGCCACCCUGCGCGCCCGCGCCGUUGCCGCCCUCGGCCAGAUGGUCGCCUUGCACGAGGGCGCAGAGUCCCGCCCUUGGGCUGUGAUUAAGAAGUAUGUCGACCGCCUCGAACCGGCGGCAGCGUCGUCAUCGUUGUCGUCGUCAGCGGCGGCGAUAGCAACGGUGGGUGCGGUUGAGACGGGGAUAGCGGGGGCAGGAGUCGGUGCUGCUGGUGGGAGUGCAAUGGACGACGUACGGCGCCAAUUGGAGAGCGGUGCGUUCACCACUGCCCACGACGGUAGUCAGACCGCUGCCGCUAAUGCUGCUGCUGCCGCCCUCGCUACCGAUGUCGACAACGACUUUGACGCUUUUACGCCCGUCUUGCCGCAGCCGUUUGCGACGGAGGAGGAGUUGCUGCAGUUUACGUUUCCGCCCGGGACGGAGUGGGCGGAUCCGAUGCAGGAUUUUCAUUUGUGGCAUAUGCCGUAG